UUUUAGUAAUUAGUUUAUGUGUACCAUGAGAUGAAAAAGGCUGAAAACCGCUGCCCUAAAGCAUUUGAAGAAUUCCUUCUCACUCUAUAGUUAACAUUAUUUCUGGUUCUCUUUGUUUACUUCCGGUGUCCUUGGUUACCAGAAGAGUACUUUCUAAGGGAAAGCACAUGCAAAUCAGGAAACAUCAUGCUAGAGAACAUAUCAAUACAUGGUGUGUAGGCGUGUGUGUAUGGGGGUGCCAUGGAGGAUGUUUGAGAGGGGUCAAUGGGCAAGGAUGAAGAGAAAAGGCAUGGAGAGAAGUGGGCAUGGCCUGCUCAGUGCCCCUCAGGCUGGAUGGUCCCUGGCUGACCUGUGUCUUUGGGAUCAGGCCCAGCUUGAGCCAUUAAAAAAAAAAAGUUAUUUAUUUAUUUAUUUUUUAGCUUGAGCCAUUGUGAAGCACCCGAUCCCUCCUCUCCCCAGCCCCUGCCCCAGCUGACAGUGGCCCAUGCAACUGAGGGCUCUAAGGCUGGGCCAUGGCCUAAGAACAGCAGCUAUCCCUGCAACGACCUUGUUCCAAUGGCCUUGUGAGUGGGGGUGGGGGCCGUCUGGUGCCUGGGACUGGGACGUCCUGUUGGGUCUCAGUUGAGGGAGUUAUAAGGCCCCUCCUCUUCUUGGCUUUACCUUCUCAUUUGUGCAAUGGGAACAGUCACCCACAGCUUCUUCCAUCAGACCCUGUGCAUCCAGCCAACAAACUGAUGGGAUGGGGGCUUUUUGAUAAUCCUAUGGGAAUCAGGGGAAGGGUUGGGGUGGGGGCAAUGGGGUAUGUGCAUCCCCCGGAGCAGGUAAUGGAUGAUGGGGAGAAGUCAUCGAUGAUGGGGGUUGUAGAAGUUGGGUUUGUUGAAGAUGAGGGAGGGGCCAGAGAACAGAAGGGUUGAUGGUCACAGGAGAUAGAGUGGAAAUUUCACUAAGGUGGCUGAUCACGGGGACUUCUGAGAAGAAAGGGAAUGAUGGAGAUGAGACCUGAAUGGGAGCAGCAGAGACCGUGGCAAUGAGGCCACUUGAAGAGAGGCCAGAUAAUGUUCCCUAAUUCUGGCUACCAAUCCAACGAGGAAAAUUCCCAUAAUGCCAGUUUUGAAAGUCUCAGAAUUGCAGCAUACUAUUGCUUUGACCUCACACAAAGAAUAAAAUUUACCCAAUAGGUUUCCAGGCUUACAGCGCUGUUCAUCACAACUUCCAUGAGUAGAAUAUUUCAAGCAGUUCUGGAAACACUGUCUGGUUUUCUUUGGUUUUGUUUUGUUUUUUAAUCUCAGGUUACUCCCUCCAAAAGGUAGUGGAAAUAAAUUUGAAUAAACAAAACAGGUUUGCUGAAAAUAAAACCAGGACUCUCCACUGCUCCAGCCAGCCUGCUUCCACAGGGCCCCGCCUGUCAGCCUGUAAGCACUGCGCCCAGCGAGCAGCAUCUGGCAGUCGGCAUGAACCAGGUGGUUGCCUUCUUAGCAAUACUCAUGGGAACCCACACCCUCAGUCUUCGGCUUCAGAAGGACUGCAUUCACUGGCCCAGAUGCUUUCCCUACAAAGAACAGGACUCCACUGGAGAGCUGAACACUGUGCUCACACCUCCUCCAGAGAUUGAUAGCCACCACCCGGCAUCCUGCAGGGCCAGCGCAGAUGGACCCCUCAACAGCAGGUCCAUCUCUCCCUGGCGAUACGUGUUGGACAGGGACAUGGACCGUCUCCCUCAGGACCUGUAUCACGCCCGUUGCCUGUGUCCACACUGCGUCAGCCUACGGACAGGCUCCCACAUGGACCCCCUGGGCAACUCGGAGCUCCUCUACCACAACCAGACCGUCUUCUACCGCCGGCGGUGCCCUGGGGAGCAGGGUGCCCACGAUGGCUACUGCCUGGAGCGCAGGCUCUACCGCGUCUCCUUUGCGUGCGUGUGUGUGCGGCCCCGUGUGAUGGCCUAGUCACGCUGCCCGUGCCUGGCCUCCGGUUGGAACACUGGAGCUGGGUGUACAAGCACGUGCCACGGUGAGCCAGGGCGCCCCGUGCUCAGCCCCUCCGAAGCAUCAUCUGGAGCAGUAGGAUCGUGGGACGGGAUAGGGACCUGAGAGGAAAACACACUUUGCACUUUUUGGAGUGGAUGGGAAGUGCAGGUGAAGCGAAGGGGGCGGCAGCUGCUGUGGCUGCUGCAACUGGCAUCCUGAUUUCCUCCCACCAAGCUCUGCGGGUUCCAGGAGGCCACCGCCCGUCUCUUCCUUUCCCCCACCCCCAGCUGCCCUCGUGAAGCACAGGCACUUUCUUGAUAUUUUCCCUCCUGCCAACAAAGAACCCCUCAUUUCA